GAUACAUGUUCUGUUGAUCCCGAUGACCGUACUGACUGCGGGUGGUAUGGCAUUGAUGAGGAGACAUGUGAGGGUAGAAAUUGUUGCUGGGACGAGGAUUACGCGUACGCAUUAUGGUGCUUCUAUCCCACAGGUUAGUGCUAAACCAAUUAACAGCAACAAUAAAGAAUGUAGAAGAAGGAAUACUCGUGGUGAUAGCAAGGGAGAGGGGCAGGGUGGUCGAGGGGGACUUAGGUACAAUAAUAGAGAGCUUUAGAUUCGAGGACGAGGACGACUACGAGGUCAAAAUUUAGUUCUAAGUUUUCUUCCCUGUUCUUUAAAAAUAAGCACCCCGGAAAGCUUCAUUGUACUUUUUUUUUUUUCACCACCAAAGCUAGCUCGCUUAUUUCCGUUGAAGGAGGUUAAGCCCUCUUCCGAUCGGCACUAAAUGAUAAAAUUCCUAACAUUUGAUGACUUGUUUUCGCCACUACGACUCAUUCUCACUAAAACUCGUUGUAGAAUAACGAUGGGUAACACAUUUUCCCGCCAAAACGACGUUGGUUCGCGCGCGCACUCCGUAGUAUUGAGGAAAUCUCGUUCUCGUAGUCGUCCUCGUCUUAGAAUCUAAAGCUGUCUAGUUUCGGGAAGUUGCGAAGACAAAAUUUGUGUUGGAGGCAUCUUCACGAUAGAAAUCUUAUUGUGGCCAUUUUGGGAAUGAGCUUCGAAAGGGCAAUUCUUGGGAGCUGAAAAAAAGUACAAUAUCGAUGUGAAAAAAGCUUAAGUGGUGGGUAUCAUUAAGCUUAAGAACACUUUUCGCCACCCUGCCAACAGAAUCUAAAUUUAAAGAAAUGGUGCAUGUUGCUAGGAUACAGUUUCGAACCCAGGCCUAAUAGACGUGCGCUUGGUAAAGAGGGUUCGAUUUCGACCUUCCGCUUAUACGGCGUUUUCACAUGACGUCACGGCGGCCAUACUAGGGAGCUUAAGCAAAGACGUUUUUGAGCAACGCACGACGUCAAGUAGAAGUGAGGUAUUUUACUUCUCGAUACUUCGGCGGAGCGCGAAGUAAAGCAUUCGCGACGCCCAGGAAUGUCCCAAAGUUGCUUUUUUUGGGACAAGAUUGGGCACGCAAAGUCCGAAGGUCUUCGGUCUGGAUCGGCUAUAUGACGAAGUGAGGGCCGAAUUACUUCGGGAUAUCUCGAGAUCACUUCGAGUUCUCUGAUUUAUUAUUUAAUUUAUUCGUGGAAGAAAGAAUUAUGAUUUUGGCUUGCUUAGGGUUUAAACCGGUUUACGUGUGACCCGUCAUAUCGGAUGACACUCUAAAUUGAGGGAUUAGCCGAUUGCGCCACUGCGACGCAAGGUAAUAUGAGAUGUGAAAAAUAGCCAUAAGUUAUGCACGAUGCACGAGAAAAGAUUCGGCAGGCAAGUUUGUUACUUGUCGGCUUGUUUCGUGGGUAUUUGACAUAGUGACGCUGUAAUGAGUUGGAGAUAUCGCGAGAUCACUUCUAGUUCUUUCGGCUUCAAUAAAUAUUUGAGGCGGAGCGCAAAGUAUUAAAGGAUUUGGGACGCUGAAGAAGGUCGUAAACUUGCAGUUUGCUUCCGAAGUGACCCCGGAAGUUGUUCGAAAUAUCUCGAAAUCAGCUUUAAGAAAGUCAAGAUUACAAAAGUUAUAUGCCUUCAUGGAAAACAUUUUGCGGUCAGAAAUGUGGAUAAAGUUUGAGAGCGAAGAGAUUUCGAUUACUGGAGACUAUUGCAGCAAGAGUGAUUCGAAACAGGAAGAUCGAGGGUAAGGUACAGUCGUUUGCGUUGCGUGUAGACGAAGCGAUUCGGAGUCAACAAGGAGAAGCAAAACGCAGUUACCUUGGUUUCGUAACCGUUCUGAUAAGCAUCAUCAUCAUUGUUCUUCUUUUAGUUUUGUUUGGAAGAGUAGGUUUUUUUUACUUGUUUUAGUAUUGUGUGUUAUUGUUUUCCUCAAGCUUAUGUUGCGAUGUUGUGGAGAUUGUGCAUUUUCAGCAAGUUUUGUAAGGGAGUGUACUGAUGUUAUUCAUCUGCUGGAGAAGGUGUGAAGUUAACUGUCCACAAGGGAAGUGUUUUUGAAGAGGAAACAAGGGAAGUGGAACUGAGAUCUCGUUGUGCGCAAUUUAUUUAUGACAAAUUAUAAUCGAAACGCGGGGUAAAAUAUCACAGGAGAUCCAAUACUUAACAACUUCCGCCGACUAAUCUUAGUCGAUAAAAAGAGAAAAAACUGAAGAACACUUCAGCCGGCUACGUUAAAAAAAUUACCUAUGGCAAUUCUUACAUUUUGCAAUCAUAAAAUAUGCAAAAGCAUCUAAUUUCUUGCGUUGGCGAAUCUCGUUUUUUUGCUUUUUCUCGCAGACAACAAGUGCUACGGAAUCAAGCCUGAAGAGCGAGAGGACUGUGGCUAUUUUGGAAUUCAACGCUACGAAUGUGAAGUCGAGAACGACUGCUGCUGGGUUGAAAGUACGGUUCCUAACGUUCCCUGGUGUUUUGAAGGCAAACUACCCACGAAAGCACCACCUACAGCACCUUCUAAUGAAACGACUGUUGAACCAACUGAAGUGUCUUCUAAUGGGACAACUGCUGCACCAACUACAGCAUCUUCGAAUCAAACAGCCGCAGCACUUGCUGAAGACGAGCAGGCAUUUGAAGAGGCACUUACUGCAUAG